CAGGGUAUGUUAAUAUGAGUAUGUAUCUCUGCAACGCUUUGCUUAUCGAGAGCGACUUGACGCUUUCCACUGUCUGCUGCCCUGCAUAUGCUUAGCUUCCCUUAACGUGCCUCGGCUUUUGCCGCCGACCGUAGCCCUCAUCUAAACUACCUAUAAGGUUCAAAGGUCAGUCUCCAAAACUGCGGCCAGAAAGCUGUCAUGUCAGUUCCAUGUGCCUGGAGGUUCCAUCGUCGCAUCCAAUUUCUACAUAAAAAAGCACAUGUGCAUCAUCCUUACCACGAUUUAUUAAUACCCACGCUUUCCUCUUUGAUCUCUACCGAGGCCAAUACUCACCUGCUCAUUCACAAGACCUGGGCUCUAGCCCUCACUCACAUACCAUGGCCGCACCACCCGAUAUCAACUGCACCAACUUGACGGGCAAGUUCGUGAUGAACAAGUCUCUUUCCGAUGAUAUGGAUCCUUUCCUCACUCUUCAGGGUCUGAGUUGGUUCACGCGCAAAGCUAUCGCCCUAGCCACAGUAGUGCUCACCAUCAGAGAAUACUUCAAAGACGCUCUCUGGCACAUCGACAUCACAUCAGUUGCCUCGGGUUUAUCGACCACACAAGAAGAUCGAACACUCGACUGGCAAGAUAGGGACCAUGAGGACAAAAUAUUCGGCAAGUGUCGCGGCAAGUCACGACUGUUCAAGAAGGGGGAAUACCAGAUGGAAGGACCUGGGUCGCCUGAAGAUGCAGUCUUUCUGCAGGCUGAUAAGCUGAAGGAUGGCAAGACAGACUCGCGGUUCGUGGACGAGGAACAUGUGCAGAGCAUCGUCAAGCAGGUCGGUGGAGGAGACUGGACGGCUGAGCAAGUCUGGGGUUUCGAAGAGAUCAAUGGCGAGCGAAGAUAUACCAGGCGACUGAUCGUGUGGAAGGCAGGAAAAGAGGAAAAGUGUCGGUUGGUAUACGACUACAAAGGCGCGGUUGAGAAAGAUGACGACGACGAAGACCUGGCGUAUGGAGAGGAAUAAAGGCUCCAAGUCUAGAGGCUCGUGCGUUGGAGACAUGCUAUGCAGAAAUGCGCGCAUGCAAAACGCCCAUGGGGAGUGAGCCUCGGUUGAAAGGAGAUCAAACUUCCAGGAACACGGCAUGACCGAUUCGUCGUGCAAGAUUGAGGACCGCUAUAAGCCUGACGGUCCAUGCCUAGUUGUCGUUUGUGGUAGUAUUUCUCCAUAGAUGACGAGGCUGAAGCAUCACCAUGAUGGGGUGCGAUAUUUUUGACCGCUAUCAAAGGACGCGACCAAUUGAGGAAUUUGUCGAGGUCAAGGCUGAGGCAUUUUCUAAUCGGGUUUAGUCUGGAAACCCAACAGUCACGUGAUCAAACUACGAGGCUGAAUUUUGCAUAUCAGAGGAUUAUGAUUGGCGCAUAAAGGGCUCUCCACCAAAAUCACGCAGUGACAGAGUUACA